UUUUCUCCGAGACCUAGUCCCAAGUGGCUCGUUCUGGGGAGCUGGUGAACAUCUCUGCGAGUGUGAAAAUGUUCUCGAGAUUGGCUCUGCGUAACGUGGCAACGCGUAUCCCUGCUCUGGCACGUGUUCAGAGUUCAGCAGCAGCAGCACCACCUGAUUUCUCGAAUAGACCAGAACGUCCAGUUGAGCCAAGCCCUGUGCGUCAUGGUUUCAUUCCAGAGGAGUGGUUCCAAGCGUUUUACAAUAAGACCGGUUACACUGGCCCCUACGCCUUCUUCUUCGGUGUUACCACGUACCUCGUCUCCAAGGAGAUCUACGUUCUGGAGCACGAGUUCUACACUGGAGUCUCGGUGUUCAUUAUGAGCGUAGCUAUUGUAAAGAAAUUGGGCCCACAACUAGCUGCAUACCUGGAUGAGGGAAUGGACAAGGAAGAGGCGGAGCUGCAGGCGACCAGGACAUCCGAAAUCCAGUCUCAUCAGGAGUUUAUCGAUCACGUAAAGAAAGAGAAAUGGAGAACAGAGGCUCAGGCUUGGAUUGUGGAUGCCAAAAAGGAGAACAUCAAGAUACAACUGGAGGCUGCAUACAGAGAACGCAUCCACAGAGUUUACACAGAGGUGAAGAAACGUUUGGACUAUCAACUGCAGAUUGCCAAUGUGGAGCGCAGAGUUGCCCAGAAACACAUGUCCGAAUGGAUAAUAAACAGUGUAUUGAAGGCGAUAACACCGGAGCAGGAGAAGGCCACUCUCCAGCAGUGCAUCGCCGAACUUCAGGGGCUUGCACCAAAGGCAUAAAUUGUUACACGUGUAGGGAUAAUAGAAUUGAUCAACAAUUGGAAUUUUAUUUUGAUUCAAAGCCGAUCGGGUCUAGCGAUAAUGUUUGAACUUUCUCAAUCGUCAUUAUGUAAAGUUGUAAUAUUGUCAUUCAGUUGAAAAUCGUCGCUAUCGAGUUACGAGUAAAUCAAUAAAGAUGUUACUGGCCUGGUGGUGAAAGUCAGUGUA